AACAGGCAUUUGUUGUACUGGUAAUCAUUGCUUCAGCUCAGAAUGAAACACACCAUCAUUCUCUUACUGGCUUGUAUGCUGCUCUGCAUUGCCGUCUCUUGUUCAGCCGCUCUGCAGUGUUUCACCUGUAAAGAUCCAGCAGACACCCACUGCUUAGAACAAACCCUGGAGACCUGCAGUGAUGGACAAGUGUGUUCCACAAACUCCAGCAGCUCUCUGCAAUCCUCCGCUGUUAAUGACAGAGGACGCAUCCAUUUUAGCAUUUGGGACGUUGACAUUGAUAUCCGCUGGGGAAAAGACCGUACAGCAACCAACCCCAACGUUGUUUCAAACUCAAGUAUCAAUGAGAGGAUCGUGAAGGGAUGCAUGGAUGACCAUUUUUGUCAGUCAAGCCCCAAAAUGUCUUUGAAUAUCGGUUUCCAUCAAUUCACUUCUUCGUGCUGCAAUUCAUCUGGCUGCAACAGUGACACUUUCUCUGACAACCCCCACAAUGGACUUGAGUGUUUUUCUUGCACUGAUCCAGAAGAUGAGGUUUGUAAUCAGGCUGUGACCUGCCAGGGAGUUCAGGAUCACUGUCUUAAUGACACAGUGACAGCAAGUAAUGGUCGGUCUGUGACUCUUCGAGGCUGUGUCUCCAGGAGUAUGUGUGGUUCCGGUUCUGGUUCUGACUCUGGUUCUGUGUCCUGCUGUGAGGGAAGUCUCUGCAACAGAAACAGGGCUAUGAAUUCCGCUCAGCCUGUAGCACUUACAGUCCUCGCUCUGCUAGUUGGGAUAACAACCACCACACUUCUACAAUCAGUCGAUCAAUGAAUAUCUUGAUUGGGGUUUCUUGAGGAUUUGCAUAUUUUUCUCACGCGGAUUAGUUAUGUGGGCAUCUACUUCUGGGGCUAUCACACUCUGUGUUGUCCAAAGUGUAACAACCUUGUCACUCCCUGACCCACUAGAGUACUGUGGGAUCUGUUGCUUGUUGCUCAUCAGAAGGCUGCUGAUUAUAACAAUUCUGACCAACAAAAGACUACUUGAUGGUGUUGGACAGAAACUCUUCUGAAAUGAUGCAUUUCAUUUAUUAAACUUGGAGGUUGUGUUGAGUGAUGAAAUUAUGGGUAUUCUAACUUUCUUUUCUUUUAAUCUAGCCUGUUAGAUUACUGUAAAGCUCUUGGUGGUCUAAGAUGGGUUACUGUAAAGCUCUUGGUGGUCUAUGAUGGGUUACUGUAAAGCUCUUGGUGGUCUAUGCCAGGUUACUGUAA